AUGAAGCUCCGACUUGUUCGCGCGGCGCUGCCCGCCCCAGCCUCUACCAUCCCUUCUUCUCUCUACAGACAGUUCUCCGCGUCCAAAUUAGACGAGGAAAACGAUGGUCAUUUUGUGUCACUCCUUUGCGACAUCGUUCGAGGAAAGCAGAGUUGGAAGGUGGCUUUCGACGAUCCUUCAAUUUCUUCGGCAUUGAGGCCCCAUCACGUGGAACAAGUCUUGAUCAACACCUUGGACGAUUCCAAGUUAGCUUUGAGGUUCUUCAACUUUCUGGGUCUGCACAAAAACAUGAACCACUCCACAGCCUCCUUCGCCAUCUUGGUCCACGCGCUUGUUCACUCCAGACUCUUCUGGCCCGCUAAUUCCCUCUUGCAGACCCUUCUCCUUCGUGGAUCCCCCCCAAAAUACGUUUUUUCACAUUUUCUACACUGUCACAAGCGAUGUAAGUUUUCGUCCACUUCGGGUUUCGAUUUACUGGUUCAGAGUUUCGUGCUAAGUUCACGAGUUUCUGAUGCGGUGGUCGUUGUGAAACUCAUGUUCGCCAAUUCUUUGUUGCCUGAGGCUAGAACAUUGAGUUCCCUCUUGAAUGGGCUUUUGAGAGUUAGAAAAUUUAUAACGGUUUGGGAAUUGUUUGAUCAGUCUGUGAAUGCGGGUGUUCGACCUGACCCUUAUAUUUGCUCCGCUGUGGUUCGUAGUCUCUGUGAAUUGAAAGAUUUUUUUAGAGCUAGGGAGAAGAUUAUGUGGAUGGAAUCUAAUAGGUUUGAUUUGAGUAUUGUAACUUACAAUGUCUUGAUUCAUGGGCUGUGCAAGGGUGAUAGAGUUUUGGAAGCAGUUGAGAUUAAAAGAUCGUUGGGGGUAAAGGGCUUGAAAGCUGAUGUUGUUACAUACUGUACAUUAGUGCUUGGCCUUUGUAGGGUGCAACAAUUUGAGGUUGCAAUUCAGCUUAUGGAUGAAAUGAUUGAAUUGGGGCUUGCUCCAUCCGAUGCUGCUGUGUCGGGGUUAGUAGAUGGAUUGAGAAAGCAGGGAAAGAUUGAUGAGGCUUAUGAGUUGGUAAUUAAGAUAGGAAGGUUUGGUUUUGUGCCUAAUUUAUUUGUUUAUAAUGCAUUGAUCAAUUCUUUGUGCAAAGGGGGAGAUUUGGAUAAAGCAGAGAUGCUUUAUAAUAAUAUGAGUUUGAUGAACUUGCGUCCCAAUGAUAUUACUUAUUCCAUUCUUAUUGAUUCCUUCUGCAGAAGGGGGAGGUUGGAUUUUGCGAUAUCUUAUUUUGAUAGAAUGAUAGAAGAUGGUAUAAGAGAAACUGUAUAUGCCUAUAACUCUUUGAUAAAUGGCCAAUGCAAGUUUGGAGAUUUGAGUGCCGCCAAGUCUCUGUUUACUGAGAUGAUCAAUAAAGGGGUGGAGCCAACUGCUACAACUUAUACAUCAUUGAUUAAUGGUUAUUGCAAAAGCCUGCAACUACCGAAAGCAUUCGAGCUAUAUAAUGAGAUGAUUGAGAAAGGGGUUACUCCAAACAUUUAUACUUUCACUGCACUUAUUUCUGGGCUUUGCAGCACAAAUAAGAUGGCCGAAGCAUCCAAAUUUUUUGAUGAUUUGGUUGAAAGGAAAAUCAAGCCAACUGAGGUGACAUAUAAUGUUUUGAUUGAAGGACAUUGUAGGGAUAGCAACAUUGAUAAAGCCUUUGAAUUGCUUGAAGACAUGCUUCAAAAGGGCCUUGUUCCUGACACAUAUACCUAUAGACCUCUUAUCACUGGCCUUUGCUCUACUGGUAGGGUUUCUAAAGCUAAAGAUUUUAUUGAUGGUCUCCACAAGCAGAAAGUAAAGUUAAAUGAAAUGUGCUAUAGUGCACUUCUACAUGGUUAUUGCCAGGAAGGAAGAUUGAUGGAAGCACUGAGUGCUUCUUGUGAAAUGGUUCAAAGAGGAAUCAACAUGGAUUUGGUUUGCCAUGCUGUUCUUAUCGAUGGUGCCCUAAAGCAGCCAGACAGGAAAACAUUUUUUGGUCUCAUAAAAGAUAUGCAUGAUCAAGGAUUGAGACCUGAUAAUGUAAUAUAUACAAGUAUGAUAGAUGCAUACAGCAAAGAAGGAUCUUUCAAGAAAGCUUUUGCAUGCUGGGAUUUGAUGGUUACUGAGGAAUGCUUUCCUAAUGUUGUGACUUAUACUGCUUUGAUGAAUGGUUUAUGCAAAGCAGGAGAAAUAGACAGAGCAGGUAUUCUUUUUAAAAAUAUGCAGGCUGUAAAUCUCCCUCCCAAUUCAAUCACGUAUGGCUGUUUUCUUGACAAUCUUACUAAGGAGGGAAAUAUGAAGGAAGCUAUAGGGCUUCACCAUGCAAUGCUUAAAGGACUUUUAGCUAACACUGUAACAUAUAACAUUAUCAUCCGUGGCUUCUGCAGACUGGGUAGAUUUCAUGAAGCCACCAAUGUUCUUUCUGAAAUGACUGAAAAUGGUAUUUUCCCUGACUGUGUUACGUAUUCAACAUUAAUUUAUGAGUAUUGCAGAAGUGGCAAUGUACGGGCAGCUGUUACAUUAUGGGAUAUCAUGUUAAAGAAAGGUCUCAAACCAGAUUUGGUUGCAUAUAAUUUGCUAAUAUAUGGCUGUUGUGUUAACGGAGAGCUCAAUAAGGCAUUUGAAGUGCGUGAUGAUAUGUUGAGGAGAGGGCUGAAGCCAAGACAAAAUUUUCGAGAAUUGGAGAAGGGUGAAUAUAAGAGCACCAGUUAA